GAACAGCAGCAGCAGCAGCAGGAGCGGCAAGCCUGCCCCCUGCCGGGCGUAGCCUGCGAGCUCCCACUGCGAGGAGGGGUCAGGGCGGGGACUAGGCUAGGCACGAGUAUGGGACACUGUGAUGUGUGAGGAGGCUGCGAGAUCCGCUGAGUGAUCGGGAGAUCACGGAGAGUGAGAGAAGUCCUAGGCCGGUCGCUGGUGUACCUUCCACACAGGCUCCACUGAUAAGAACACCCCAUGCCAUCAGGAGCACCGCUGCCCCCAGCCCGGGACCAGGGUCCCACCCCUCGCUGGUGAGCUGCAGCCUGUGCUAUGGGAGGAGAGCAGCAGAAAGUUUUCUGGAGCUACUGGGAGAAGCCUCCACCUGGACAGCAUCGUGCUGGGAGACUCCAGUUCUGAGCAUCCCUCCCCCCCCACUGGACCGGUGCGAGAGACCCCCGGAGCUGUAUUGGCUGUGUAGUAGCACCCUGGCACUCUCCCCGGGCACAGACAGCCGGGGGCACCGGCCUCUUUCUGAUACUUUCCUGGAUGCCUCUCUCCAAGAUGCCUGGCUGGGUAAUCCUGCCCAUCACACUGCCAGCCUUCACCAUCACUGGCAUGUGGAUAGUGUAUGCAAUGGCUUUAUCAAACAACCACAUUUGUCCAGUGUCUAACUGGGUAUACAAUCACACCUGUGAAUCCUUGAAUGAUGGGACUUGCUGCACGUUAGAUCAUAUCCCACUUGUAAGCAAAUGUGGAAACCUUCCUCCGGAGAGCUGCUUCUUUAGUCUCAUAUGCAGUUUGGGCUCAUUUAUGGUGAUGCUCAUUGGGCUACUUAGAUACGCCUUUGUGAUCGAACGUUAUGGUCCCUCCCUGUUGAAUACUGUAGCAUUUGUGUUGGGGUGGAUUUGUGCUGCUGGACUCACUAUGGUUGGUAGUUUUCAGGUGGAUCAUGCCAAGGUUCUGCACUACAUAGGAGCAGGAGUUGCCUUCCCAACUAGUAUGCUCUUCAUUUUCUUCCAGUCUAUCCUGACAUACCGUAUGGCUCGCACCCAGUGGUACUGCUGGGCUGGUCACCUACGCUGCCUUCUUACUCUGUUUGGUCUGGUCAUUUUAGUGCUCAGUGGUGUCUUAUUCAUACAGGAAGGUUUUGUGCUGCAGCAUAUGGCUGCUCUAUGCGAGUGGACCUUUAUAAUAAACAUUCUCAUAUACUAUGGAACGUUUGCCUUUGAAUUUGGGGCAAUCUCCACAGAUACGUUCCUGGUGCUCCUCAAAGCGAGCAGGGCUCCAAAGAGCUACAAAGCAGGAACCAGCACUCCGGCCACACCGAAUGCUCACAGCACUUCUGAGAAUAUGGCUAUGAUAUGACCACACUGGAUUGCUUAUACGGACGUCAUAUGAAUCCCUUGAGCCUUUUCAGGAUCCUAGACAAUGUGAGAGCAUUUCCCUGUGCACUGCGGAUUUGUCAUUUCAGAGGGCUCGUCACAUGACCAAAAGCAAAUUAACGUGAUUACCUAACAAACAUCUUGUUUCUGAAGUGGAUGGGGUAGUAGAUGAAGAUGACCUAUGUACAGGGCAUUAACUCAUCAGCCAUACAAAAAAAAAUGUAUAUUUUUUAUAUAGUGUAUUUCUAUAAUCAAUGGAUUUCACAAAAAUUGACCAGGAUGCCAAAGUUAUUUUGUGUCAGGUAUAGAGAAUACUUCCUACAGUAUAUGAAGAGUGGUGGCGCUGUAAAAAGAAGGUACACAUUAGAAUACUAGCAGUUGUAAUGUAGCUUUCCAGGAAUUUUAUUACCUAGGGGGCCUUAUAUAUUUUAUCAAGGAAUGUGGGAGAAUCAGAGCUAUAUAUUACCUAUUUGCCUUAAUUACGUCCUAGUUGGUAGAUUGUUAACAUUUGGUAAAAUACGUCUGGAUUUCUCAGCUGCCUUUGUAUCCACAAUAUUUCUAUAGACAGAAAAUGGCAAUUGCAACAAGCAAGAGUAUUACUGAGGUGCAAACAUGCAAAACAUUAAUGAGAAAUAUGAAAUUGUGGCUUCAUUUCUUGUAGCAAAACAAGCUUGCUCCCAUUAUAGGGAGGUGUUAUAUUACAAUGUAUUACUAUGCAAAACUGCAGUUUUUUUAAUAAGGUGCAAACAGGAGAUAGAGGUUGUUUUUUGUAUUUUGGAUGCAUUGUUCCUGUAAUUGUGCAUUCACAUAGGUAUUUACACUGGUGUCCACACUGCGUUGCUUUCAGCUGCAUACACUGCAAUGUAAAUGCAGUGUGGACACCUUAAAGAAAUAAAAAUAAAUAUAUACUGGUACUUUGCCUAGAAGUUAGAACUGCAAUGCUAUCUGCUUGGUGAAUUUUACUAACAUCUCCGAAUACUUACUGUGGCCCUGCUCCAUGCAACUGUGUAGCUCCAGGGCUCCUCUGAUUCCCCUCUGGGCAAAAACUAGGGCAAUAUGAUUCUAUGGGAGAGGGGUGUGUGUGUGGUAGGGCCAAUAAUUUCUCUGUCAUGAAUUUGCAGCUUGUGAUUGGUCCAGAUGCUCACACUGCCCUUUGCUGCCAUUUUAGAAUGGCGAAUGAAAAUUAUUUGCUACUUCUGUAUUACAAAGCUGGUAUAGCCGUGUUGCAUGGAGUAGUCCCUCUGGGCACUGACUAAGAGAAGCUAGUAAUUAAAAUGACGCUGCUUUAAACCUCUUUGGGGUACUGUUUAUGUUAGUAAAGCCUUCCUUAGAUGUUAUUUACAACUUUUUGUAAUUUUUGUCCAUUUCUUUAAACAAUGUGGCCUGUACAUGGAUCUACAGAUAAACGUAACAAAUUUGUUGUAAUGUUCAUCACAACUGCUAAUAAUCUCAUAGGACCAAUUAGGCUUUGUAUGUUCAGAACUGGUUAAGCUUGAAAAGUCAUAUUUUCUCUUUGUGAAUCAACCAAAUGUAUCUUCUUUUUAGAAUGACCAAAGAAAUAUUUGUAUCCAA